AUGACCUUUCCCGUGCCGCCCUCCCUUCAAAAGUCCAUUGACGACACUAAAGUUGAAUACGUGAGAGUGGGAAAAUCCGGUCUUCAAGUAUCUUGGCCAAUUUUAGGAGCCCUGGGAUUUGGAAAGUCGAAUGUGGUAACCUGGCUUCUAGACGAGGAGGAGGCAUUCAAGGUCCUCAAAUCCGCAUAUGACUGCGGUAUCAACACUUGGGACACGGCGAACGCCUAUUCUAAUGGUCUUAGCGAAGAGAUCCUUGGAAAAUUCAUUAAAAAAUAUGAAAUCCCGCGUCACAAGGUUGUCCUAAUGACAAAAUGUGCUUUCCACGUCGGUGAAGAGUUGGAUAUAUUGGGUGCGGCGUUUCAAAAAGAGAUGAACCAGAGCAAAGACUAUAUUAAUCAGGGUGGCUUGACACGGUCCGCCAUUUUCAAAGCGGUGGACGACUCGCUUGCUCGUCUAGGCACCACAUACAUUGACCUUCUUCAAAUCCAGCGAUACGACGAAGUAACGCCACCAGAGGAGACAAUGAAAGCACUUCAUGACCUGGUACAAGCCGGAAAAGUGCGCUAUCUGGGUGCCAGCUCUAUGUGGGCUACCCAGUUUGCUGAGCUUCAGUUUAUCGCCGAAAAGAACCAUUGGACCAAGUUCGUGAGCAUGCAGAACUAUUAUAACCUCUGCUAUCGCGAAGAAGAACGCGAAAUGAACCGAUAUUGCAACAAAACUGGUGUUGGCUUGAUGCCUUGGUCCCCACUACACGCAGGCAGACUGGCGCGUCCGUUAGGGUAUAAUGCGUCGGUGCGCUCGAAGAGGCCCUCGUUCCACCACCCCGGCAUCACUGAAGUCGACGAGGAGAUCAUAAACCGAGUGGAGAAGGUGGCCACCAAGAAAGGAUGGGCGAUGAGCGAGGUUGCCCUAGUUUGGCAUAAGAGCAAAGGCACGGUUCCUAUUGUUGGCUUCAACUCGGUUCAAAGAAUUGAAGAGGCGUCUGGUAUGAAAGGGAAGGUAUUGAGCGAGGAAGAGAUUGUAUAUUUGGAAGAGCCCUAUGUAGCUCGGCCUGUGGCUGGACAUUCCUAA